CCGCCUCAGCCCGCCGCCCGGACCCCCGCCCUCUCCCGGGACCAGCUGGCCGGGGGAGCCCAGCCCAGGUCUCCGGAGGCCCCUGGGAGAGAAGUAGGCAGCCCUGCCUGAGCUGUGGCCCUGCACCUUCUCCUCACCACCUGGCUCCUCUUCCCCUCCCCUGCUCCCCACUCCUCUCCCUGCCCCAACCGCCCUGCUGAACCAGGUGUAGACGGAGGCUCUCUGCUCUCCCCUCCUAGAGACUCACUGGCCAGGUCCCGUUCCCCCUGUUCUGUGUACCCAGAUCCUGGAACACAGGGGAGAGGGAUCCUUUUGACUCCACAAGUCCUUAAGCAGAAAGACUGAAGACCGCGGAGAGCAGGGGCGUGCUGGUGAGCUGCCCCACAGCCCCAUCAUGGAAGAGGGCUUCCGGGACCGGGCAGCUUUCAUCCGCGGGGCCAAGGACAUCGCCAAGGAGGUGAAGAAGCAUGCGGCCAAGAAGGUGGUGAAAGGCCUGGACCGGGUCCAGGACGAAUACUCGCGCAGAUCCUACUCCCGCUUUGAGGAGGAGGACGAUGACGAUGACUACCCUGCCCCCGCUGAUGGCUACUACCGUGGAGAAGGGGCCCAGGACGAGGAGGAAGGUGGGGCGUCCAGUGACGCCACUGAGGGCCACGACGAGGAGGAUGAGAUCUACGAGGGGGAGUAUCAGGGGAUCCCCCGGGCAGAGUCAGGGGGCAAGGGCGAGCGCUUGGCAGAUGGGGCGCCCCUGGCUGGAGUGCGGGGAGGCUUGAGUGAUGGCGAGGGUCCCCCCGGAGGCCGGGGAGAAGCGCAGCGGCGGAAGGAGCGGGAAGAACUGGCCCAGCAGUACGAAGCCAUCCUGCGGGAGUGUGGCCACGGCCGCUUCCAGUGGACGCUCUAUUUCGUGCUUGGACUGGCUCUGAUGGCUGAUGGUGUGGAGAUCUUUGUGGUGGGCUUCGUGCUGCCCAGUGCCGAGAAAGACAUGUGCCUGUCCGACUCCAACAAGGGCAUGCUGGGGCUCAUCGUCUACUUGGGCAUGAUGGUGGGAGCCUUCCUCUGGGGCGGUCUGGCUGAUCGCCUGGGUCGCAGGCAGUGUCUGCUCAUCUCGCUCUCAGUCAACAGCGUCUUCGCCUUCUUCUCGUCUUUUGUCCAGGGUUAUGGCACUUUCCUCUUCUGCCGCCUCCUUUCCGGGGUUGGGAUUGGAGGGUCCAUCCCCAUCGUCUUCUCCUAUUUCUCGGAGUUUCUGGCCCAGGAGAAACGUGGGGAGCAUUUGAGUUGGCUCUGCAUGUUCUGGAUGAUUGGUGGCGUGUACGCAGCUGCGAUGGCCUGGGCCAUCAUCCCCCACUACGGGUGGAGUUUCCAGAUGGGCUCCGCUUACCAGUUCCACAGCUGGAGGGUCUUUGUCCUCGUCUGCGCCUUUCCUUCCGUGUUUGCCAUUGGGGCCCUCACCACACAGCCUGAGAGCCCCCGCUUCUUCCUGGAGAACGGGAAGCAUGAUGAGGCCUGGAUGGUGCUGAAGCAAGUUCAUGACACCAACAUGCGAGCCAAGGGGCAUCCUGAGCGAGUAUUCUCAGUAACCCACAUCAAGACGAUUCAUCAGGAGGAUGAAUUGAUUGAGAUCCAGUCGGACACAGGGACCUGGUAUCAGCGCUGGGGGGUCCGGGCCUUGAGCCUGGGGGGACAGGUCUGGGGAAAUUUCCUCUCCUGCUUUGGUCCCGAAUACCGGCGCAUCACUCUGAUGAUGAUGGGUGUGUGGUUCACCAUGUCCUUCAGCUACUAUGGACUGACUGUCUGGUUUCCUGACAUGAUCCGCCAUCUCCAGGCGGUGGACUAUGCGGCCCGCACCAAAGUGUUCCCCGGGGAGCGCGUUGAGCACGUGACUUUUAACUUCACCCUGGAGAAUCAGAUCCACCGAGGGGGGCAGUACUUCAAUGACAAGUUCAUUGGGCUGCGUCUGAAGUCAGUGUCCUUUGAGGACUCCCUGUUUGAGGAGUGUUACUUUGAGGAUGUCACAUCCACCAACACAUUCUUCCGCAAUUGCACGUUCAUCAACACCGUGUUCUACAACACUGACCUGUUUGAGUAUAAGUUUGUGAACAGCCGUCUGGUGAACAGCACAUUCCUGCACAACAAGGAGGGCUGCCCGCUGGAUGUGACGGGGACAGGCGAGGGAGCCUACAUGGUGUACUUUGUCAGCUUCUUGGGGUCCCUGGCUGUGCUUCCUGGGAAUAUUGUGUCUGCCCUGCUCAUGGACAAGAUUGGCAGGCUCCGGAUGCUUGCUGGCUCCAGCGUGAUGUCCUGUGUCUCCUGCUUCUUCCUGUCCUUUGGGAACAGCGAGUCAGCCAUGAUUGCUUUGCUCUGCCUUUUUGGGGGGGUCAGCAUUGCAUCCUGGAACGCGCUGGAUGUGCUAACCGUCGAACUCUAUCCCUCGGACAAAAGGACCACGGCCUUCGGCUUCCUGAACGCCCUGUGCAAGCUGGCGGCCGUGCUGGGCAUCAGCAUCUUCACGUCCUUUGUGGGAAUCACCAAGGCCGCCCCCAUCCUCUUUGCCUCAGCUGCCCUUGCCCUCGGCAGCUCUCUGGCCCUGAAGCUGCCCGAGACCCGGGGGCAGGUGCUGCAGUGAGGGCGUCUCUGGAGCUUCAGGGGUGGCAGGCACACUGUGAGACCAACUCCUUCUUCCCCUCCCUGCCCUGCCAUCCCGGCCCCCAGAGCCCUCGCUUCCCACUCCCCUGUGUUUGGUGUCUUCGCUGUGUGCGCGCGUGUGCAUGUGUGUGACCCCCAUGGGGAGGGACCAUAGGGAAGUUUCCUUCACCCCAGCUCUGGGGUGAAGCUCCACUCCCCACCCUGUCACCCUGGACUUUGCACAAAAGAAGGCUAAGCCUCACCCUUCCCGGCCCAGUGUUAGCGAGGGCCCCUGCUUCCCUGCUCCAGGGGCUGGAGAACAGGCCUCCUGCAUCCCACUCCCCAC